CUCGUCCACCACCAUCCCCGCGCUUCCUCACCAUGGCCCCCACAGACGCGUAUUACGACGGCUAUUCUCCGCCGUCGUCGUCGCCGUUCAAGUCGUCUCCGACGCACUCGAUGUCUUUGUACGGUGCUCGCGAAAAACUAACGCUGCCGAGCCAAAGAGCGUGGUCCCAGUCUGACUUCAGCGACUCGCUCGAGCUGCCCCCGCUCGUCUCCGAUGAUGCUCUCACUCUCCACUCGUCCUCGUCUCGUCCGCACUCGCCGUCUUCAACACCAUUGGACACAGAUCCAGAGCACGAUCCAGACGUACUUUCAUCCCCGGCUCGCGAUACGUUUCCGUUCCACAACCCGAUUACCACUCGCCCUCAAACCUCCUAUUUCUCAAAUUCUCCAAGAACUCAGAAGGCUCAGGACGUGGAUAUAGCAACUGCACUACUCGCACUGCACGCCUACCCCCGUUUCUCGUCGACGUCCUCCUCGCGUUCACCCCCACUCAGUUCACCCGAUUUCCCAAUUCAACAGCACCAACCGCAGCCUCUUCCGGCUCCUCAGACGCCCGUCCGCCGCCAUCAUCCUCGCCCACCUGCACUAGCAGGUCUCCUCCGUACACCCUCUCCAGAACCUCUUCCUGUCUACACUUCCCGAGCUCCGUCCCGCUCUUACCCCUCUUCAGAUUCGUACACCCUCCCAGUUAUUGAUGUAGUGGCGUCGAAGCCAUCCCUUAUCGAUAACUCUGACAUUCAACCUCAUGCCAAGUCUCCGGCACCCAUUCAAGAAGUCGAACCUUUGCACUCCGCUCGCUCGACAUCUAUUCCUCCGCUUUCUGCGCCCGACGUUCAUGGUUCCUCCUAUCGCUUGUCAAAAUUGCCUCAACAUACCGCUCGCCACGUCACACCUCCAACGGAUCCUUACGCAAAUCGUCAUCCCAUAGUCACUGCCACCAAUGCCGUCAACGCCAGCAAAGCGUCUACAUCAUCAUCUCCGUCACCAAUAACCGUAUUUAAUUCUGCAGUUCGUCUUCCUCCACUCCACGACUCCCAUCUUAUCAACUCGCGUCCCUCCAAUUCCAACAAGGCUGCACAUGCGAUUCCUCAUCCAUCAGAGUCUACGAAUUUACGAACUGAUACGAAUGUCAACGAUGAUGCGGGCGGUGACGAUAUUCACGAUUUCAAGCCUCUGACGUCUGCUACGGCCUGUACACCUGCUGCACCUACGGCUUUACACCCUCGUGCCCACUCACGCUCCUACUCAAACUCCACCCUCCCACCCUCGUCCCCGUUCUCAGACGCCAGUCAGCUUGCAGCCGAAGAACCAGAUGUAGACGCGCGGUCACGCGCCUCCUCUCCGAAUAGUCUACGUGUGCGGUCUUCGUCUCCGCUCGCUCGUCUGGACGCGAGCGCGGGCGCACUCGUGCAAGAAUCCGAUGUUCCCUCGUCUAUCCAGGCCAAUCUCGAAUCACACGAGAUUUCUCCGUUCGUCAUUCAACGCGAUGCGUCUCCGUCAGAGAUGACUCUGCCUUCGAGCGCGAAGGUGGAGCCGGAGAUCGUUCCGAGAGUGUUGGAAGCAGAGACUGGGGAUGACGGUGGUCUGACAUCAGACUUGGUCAAUGCGAAGGUGGGCGUCAAAGGAGAGGAAAGAGGAGACGAGUCUGAGACGGUUACGGAGAAAACGGAUUUCUAUGAGCACGAAUCUAUCUCCGUCCCUCAUGAGGUGGAGAUCAGGACGGAAGUGGUAGCAGCGGCCGCCGAGGUUCAUGUACAGCGUACAUCAUCGCCUUCAGCCGUUCUCCGGUCCACUCCUCCCGUUCAAUCAGCGUCUUUGCUAUCUCAGCCAUCGCGACUUGAGCGUCCACUUCCUCGUCCAUAUUCGUCAAGCCGCAGUCCCACGCCUUCACAUCACCAAUCUCAUGUCGCGUCUCGUGCUCCCUCACUGUCUCUCUCAGAACCCAAAUCUCGUGCGCCAUCCAUUCCUCAUUCAGAAGGCCGCGCUAUCCCAGUCUCCCGUUCAGAACCCAAUGUGGAUAUGAACGAGCACCUUCGUGCCGCGAGUCCGUUGUCGACACCGCCGUGUUCGUCGCCUAUCCUGGCACCGGCGGCGCGCGCUGACGAGGAGGUUGAGGGCGUUGGUAUUGCUGUUGUCGACCAGGACCCGAAGGUCGAAUUCGCUAUCGAGAUCGAGCCCGUACGCGCCCAGACGCCCGCACCCACGUCGCCACUUUCAUCACCGCCUGGGUCGCCUCGCCCAUUCUCCAUCCCCGUCUGCACUUCCGUUCGUGACUCACCAGCGCCUAUUCCAGCCACAAAGCCCUCUACAGUCCAAGCGCAGAAGCGGAAGUCUGUGGAUGAUUUGAACGACGAACAUGGUCGGGAGAAGAAGGCUAAAGUCAAUGCAGAGCAAGAAGUAGCUGCUUCUAAGGGAACGAAGAGGAAAGUCUCGCCUAUUGGGAAUGUGAAACGAACCAAGAAGUCGAGGGUCAUACUUUCUGAUGACGAGGAUGAUGAAGUCGAGGAUGUGAAGAAGUCUAUCGCUGUUGUAGAAAGCGAAGACGAAGACCUUCGUCCAAGGAAGUCCUCUGUCCCUGCGAACAAGAAACCCGGCCGUCCACAUGCAAAGACCAAGGCGAAACGCAAACCACGUACCCCGAGCCCUUCACCCUCCGAAUCUGACACCGACUCCGAUUCCUCAUCUCGCUCGUCCUCCUCUUCUCGGUCUUCAUCCCCAUCUUCCUCGCUCCCUUCGAAGUCUAAGAAGUCCAAAUCAGAACUCAAAAAGCCCUCCCACGCCGAACUCGACCUCAUAAACCCCUGUCCGAACCCUGAACUCCUCGGGAUGCUCGUCGAGGCUCUGGCACUCGCUAGAGCUUCGAGCAUGACGAAGAAAGCUUUGGUGAGGGAGGUCGAGGGAAGACAUCCGGGUGCGAGGAGGUUGCUUGCUGAUGGGGAUGUUGAGGGAGAUAUGGGGAGGAGGUCGAGGUCUGUUGCUGUUGAGGCGGAGGGUGCAGACGAAGGGAGUGCUGCGCAGGUGGGGGCGGAAGGCGUGUUGGUAUGGGGUGUUGAGAGGGGCGUGUUUGGUGUUGUGGAGAGUUCGGGGGAGCACCUUCCCCCAUCAUAUUUCUACAACGCCUCUUUCGACCCAGACUCAGACCGUGCCGCGCUCCUCACAAGCCUCAUGCCUCGCCCAAAUAAGAGGAAAGAAACGAUGAAAUAUAAGCAGUAUUAUUGGGCUCCUGUUACGUUGCCUUCUGGCGGUGCAUCGACAUCAGGUGGUGGGAGAGGGAGGAGAGGAGGCAAGGCGAAGAGUGGGGCGAAGGGGAAGCAGGUGAGGGUUGAAGAGGUGGGAGGGAAGGUCUGGGAAGUUGAUUGGGAGGAGUGAGGUGUUCGUGAGGUGAUGGGUGCUCGAGGAGGUCCUGUUCCUGGUCUCGAUAUCGAUGAUUGUAUAGUCGUGUGGCGUGGGACGUGGGACAUUGUGGCCCAGACAUCCUGUGGCGCAGAAGUAAUCAUGAAGCAUGAAGUGUUCUCAUUCCACUCAUCUCAAUCAUAGUACAUAUCCUUAUUCUUGUUCAUCUCUCUUGGACCUUCAUUCUUUCUUCUUCGUUCUUGCUCUACUUCGUCGCGAGUUCGUUCUUACUCUUAGUCUUUAUGUUUCAUAUAUGUUCAUUGCUCAGCAGGCGUUCUCGUUCUUCCUCUAUUACUUUUGCACGUUCUGCAUAUAUUUGGCAAUGCUCUUCCCUCAUCAAUAUUAUACGCUACGAUACGAUACGACAGUCUGCAUGUUCAUGCUGAUGAUAUUUUAGUACAUGUCUCGCAAAAUUG